AUGAAUAUAUCGAAAAUAUUUCGUAGCACUCGUAGCACCAAAGUACUUCCGGGACAAUCUUUAUCUUGGAAUGACUACUUUAUGUUAAGACGGCGGCGGAGAAUCGCAGAACGCGUUAUCACCAUUCCAACCACACUCGGGGGCUUUGGUUUGAGCUUUGCAUAUGUUGCUACUAGAGAAUUCGAUCCGACACCAAUAUUUGGACAAGAACCGAUUAUUAUAUAUGGUAUUGGCACUUUAGUAUGUGGCUUGUCAGGCUUAUUAAUCGGACCAAUCCUUGGAAGUUCUCUUUGGAAGAUAUUUCAUCGAGAAGAAGUAAAAUUAAUGGAGCAGCGAGAUCGUGAAUUUUAUGAGCAUGUAAAAAAGAAUAGAGCAGAUCCAUCAUUACACACGCUUCGUAAUCCAGCACCCGAUUAUUAUGGCGAAAAAAUUAAAUCAGUUGCAGAUUAUCGCAAAUGGUUAAAAAAACAACGAGAAAUAGUGAAGAAGGGAACAUUCCACAUUGGAGAGGGAUCCAUAUAA